UUCCCUUUUUGCGUCGUUGAGACUCGGCGGCGGCCGGGCUCGGGGCGGACGUGCCACUAUGGGGUCGUCAAAAAAGCACCGCGGCGAGAAGGAGGCGGCCGGGACGACAGCGGCGGCCGGCACCGGGGGCACCACCGAGCAGCCGCCGCGGCACCGGGAGCACAAGAAACACAAGCACCGGAGCGGCGGCAGCGGCGGCGGCGGCGAACGACGGAAGCGGAGCCGGGAGCGUGGGGGCGAGCGCGGGGGCGGGCGGCGCGGAGCCGAGGCGGAGGCCCGCGGCGGCGCGCACGGGCGGGAGCGCGGCCAGGCCGAGCCCUCCGAGCGGCGCGUGAAGCGGGAGAAGCGCGACGAUAGCUACGAGGCUGCUGCCAACUCCAAAACCAGUUCAGGAGAUGCCUCAUCACUCAGCAUCGAGGAGACCAAUAAACUCCGGGCAAAGUUGGGGCUGAAACCCUUGGAGGUCAAUGCUGUCAAGAAGGAGGCGGGCACCAAGGAGGAGCCCGUGGCUGCUGAUAUCAUCAACCCCAUGGCCUUGCGACAGCGGGAGGAGCUGCGAGAGAAGCUGGCAGCUGCCAAGGAAAAGCGCCUGCUGAAUCAGAAGCUAGGGAAGAUAAAGACGCUGGGGGAGGAUGACCCCUGGCUGGAUGACACUGCAGCCUGGAUUGAGAGGAGCCGACAGCUUCAGAAGGAGAAGGACUUGGCAGAGAAGAGAGCCAAGCUGCUGGAAGAGAUGGACCAAGAGUUUGGUGUCAGCACUCUGGUGGAGGAGGAGUUUGGGCAGAGGAGGCAGGACCUGUACAGUGCCCGGGACCUGCAGGGCCUCACUGUGGAGCAUGCCAUUGAUUCCUUCCGAGAAGGGGAGACCAUGAUUCUCACCCUCAAGGACAAAGGUGUGCUGCAGGAGGAGGAGGAUGUGCUGGUGAACGUGAACUUGGUGGACAAGGAGCGGGCAGAGAAAAACGUGGAGCUGCGGAAGAAGAAGCCCGACUACCUGCCCUACGCGGAGGAUGAGAGUGUGGAUGACUUGGCACAGCAAAAACCCCGCUCCAUCCUGUCGAAGUAUGAUGAGGAGCUGGAGGGGGAGCGGCCACACUCCUUCCGCUUGGAGCAGGGCGGCACAGCCGAUGGCCUGCGGGAGCGGGAGCUGGAGGAGAUCCGGGCCAAGCUAAGACUGCAGGCUCAGUCCCUGAGCUCGGCUGGGCCCCGGCUCGCCUCUGAGUACCUCACACCUGAGGAGAUGGUGACCUUUAAAAAGGCCAAGCGGAGGGUGAAGAAAAUCCGCAAGAAGGAGAAAGAGGUGGUGGUGCGGGCAGAUGACUUGCUGCCUCUUGGGGACCAGACUCAAGAUGGGGACUUUGGCUCCAGAGCGCGGGGCCGGGGUCGGCGCCGGGUGCCCGAGGCUGAUGAGGAGGCCCAGGAGGAGGAGGAGGAGAAGGAGCCAGCACCACAGCCCCCCCAGUCGGACGACACCCGUGUGGAGAACAUGGACAUCAGUGAUGAAGAGGAGGGCGGGGCGCCGCGCUCUGGGUCCCCAGAGGUGCUGGAGGAGGACGAGGCCGAGCUGGAGCUACAGAAGCAGCUGGAGAAGGGGCGCCGGCUGCGGCAGCUCCAGCAGCUGCGAGACAGUGGCGAGAGGGUGGUGGAGAUCGUGAAGAAGCUGGAGUCACGCCAGCGGGGCUGGGAGGAGGACGAGGACCCGGAGCGGAAGGGCGCCAUCGUGUUCAAUGCCACGUCGGAGUUCUGCCGCACCCUGGGAGAGAUCCCCACCUAUGGACUGGCUGGCAACCGUGAGGAGCAGGAGGAGCUCAUGGACUUUGAGCGGGACGAGGAGCGCUCAGCCACCGGCGGUUCCGAAUCCGAUGGGGAGGAGAACAUGGGCUGGAGCACAGUGAACCUGGACGAGGAGAAGCAGCAGCAGGAUUUCUCCGCCUCCUCCACCACCAUCCUGGACGAGGAGCCCAUCGUGAACAGAGGGCUGGCAGCUGCUCUGCUCUUGUGUCAGAACAAAGGGCUGCUGGAGACCACAGUGCAGAAGGUGGCCCGGGUGAAGGCGCCCAACAAGUCCCUGCCAUCCGCCGUGUACUGCAUCGAGGACAAGAUGGCCAUCGAUGACAAGUACAGCCGGCGGGAGGAAUACCGUGGCUUCACCCAGGACUUCAAAGAGAAGGAUGGCUACAAGCCUGAUGUCAAGAUCGAGUACGUGGACGAGACGGGCCGCAAGCUCACUCCCAAGGAGGCUUUCCGGCAGCUGUCCCAUCGCUUCCACGGGAAGGGCUCAGGCAAGAUGAAGACCGAGCGGCGGAUGAAGAAGCUGGAUGAGGAGGCACUGCUGAAGAAGAUGAGCUCCAGUGACACGCCCCUGGGCACGGUGGCCUUGCUCCAGGAGAAGCAGAAGGCCCAGAAGACCCCGUACAUCGUGCUCAGCGGCAGUGGCAAGAGCAUGAACGCGAACACCAUCACCAAGUGAAGCAGACCCUUCUCCUUACCCCCACUCCCACCCCCACCCCCACUGUAAUAUUAAAUAAAGCUCCUUCCUUAUUUUUUUC